AUGUUUUAAAUGAAAAAAUAAUUUGUUUUAUGAUGAUAUUUGAAUAAACGUGUGUUCAGUGUUGUGUAUUAUUGUUAUUUAUUUGUACCGGUUGUAACUGGAACGGUUAAAAAUUAAAAUAACAUCGAGUUUACACGGUUCACUCAGGAUGAUCACUUUGGAUGAACCGUCUAAAGUGAACUGAAGUGGACCUGACCCAACUUAGAUUCGACAAUGCUUACACCUAAUUUCGAGUUGAGUCAAACGGCUGAUCAUCUGUUCAUUAAAAUCAAGGCUAGAUUUGCUAAUGUGGCGGAUACUGAUACAGACGUAAAUGGUAAUCAGUUUACAUUUUAUGCUUCCCCGUAUUACUUACGACUUCAUCUACCAGGAGAAGUUGUCGAGAACGAUUCUUCUUCUGGCUCUUAUGAUUGGGAUACUUAUACUUAUACUUUCAAAUUGAGCAAAGCAACUCCCGGAGAACACUUCUCCGAUUUAAAUCUCAUAAACAAAUUUCUUACACCUAAAAAACCACUUAUUCAAAGCCCAUCCAUUGAAAUACUCGGUGAAAGUUCGUACGAUGAAACUGAUGAUGACAUAAAUUGUGAAUUUUUCCAAACGCCUUUAUCUGAUGAAAACAAAAGCAGUAUGAAGUAUGGAUUUGCAAACCAAACUCAAAAUGCUUUCAGAAACCUGAACGAUGAAUUUUUUGAAAUUGUUGAACUUCAAAAUCCUGAUGAUAUAAGCUUUGAUCAAAGAAAAUCAUUACAAAUCGCUAAAGAACUCGUUGAUUUUUCCGAUGACCAUUAUUUAGCUGAUUUGAUGGCAGAACCAGACGAAAUUGAAGAAAUUAUAAAUUUCAAACCAUUUUGGUUUGAAAACUCGAAAACUUUAAAUGAAUCGGAAAAAGACGUUUUAAAGCAAUUUGGUAAUAAAAACUAUAUACUGAGUAAAGAGGAUAAAAAAUCAGCUAUUUUAUCUUUAGUUGAUAUAAUGUAUGCGUAUAGCUACAAUGUUCGAAUAUUUAUGGGCGAUGAAAGUUGUGAGUCAGGUUGGCUUAUCAAUAAACUGUCAUCGACACUUUCGUGGUUCCGAAGUUUUAAUACCUUUGAUGAAACUCUCACUUCUUGUGUACGACGGAGUUUAUGCUAUCCUUUAUAUAGGAAUUGGAAAUUGAGCACUAUGGUCCUAAAUGAUGUUUGUAAGAUAUUUGAAAACGGUUGCAUAUGUUUACUCAAAUGUUUGUUAGAUAUUUAUAAAAUAUUUAAUUCUGACGAACCCAGAUACAUUUUUAACCAACUCUAUAUUAAAGAUUACUGCAUAUGGGUACAACAAUUAAACAGUGUACAAUUUGAAAAUAUUACACAAUUAUUUGAUGAUAAUAUCAACAUUACCAAGGAACUUGUCAACUUGGAUUUAGAUGUAUUAGAAAUGGCCGCUAUGAGUGUAAUGGAAGACAAGGAAAUAUUGGAACAAACUUUAAAAAAUAAUGAUGCUAGUAUUGAAAAUCAACUAGAGAAAUUACAAAUAUCGAGUUCAGACAGUAGUUUAGACUCGGACGACACUGAUAGCGAUGACUGAUUUACAUUUCAAUAAGAACGUUUGUUAUGUAAAAAUUAAUAUUUGUACAAAUUGUUUGUAAUAUUUAAUAUUAUUAGUAGUAAACAUUUUUUUUUUUACACUAUUGACGUUAUUAUAAUAUAAAGGUUUUUACAGAACUUGAGAACUGUAAAACUUGUGCCGUAAGAAUAUUUUAAUAAUAUUUGUAUUUAUUAUUGCCUAGUUAAAUAAUUUUAAAUACAAACUCCACAAUGAUACGACCUUUUUC